CUUUUGCUCGCCAGCGCGGAGAGCACUGUAUCCACCUAAAGCACAUAUUAGGCGUGUCGACAGCCGUAUGAACCCUUGAUGUGACUCAAAGAGAAGAAUGAGACGAAAGAGAUGACUUGAGAUCCCGACAGAAGCAGCAGGUAUGGAUGGCGGUACGGUCGCGCUGGGGGAUGAGAUGUUGGAUCCUCCGCCACGGCUCUACGAGAGAUUGCGACACAUAGCUGGCUACACCUUUGACGAGUCGGAACCUCCCUUUCACUCUUCUUACGACAACUGGCAAGUGUAUGGGACGAAAGACGUUGUGCAUAAUUCGAGUAAUGGGAAUCUCUCAAGAACCGAUUCGGAACGCAACAGCCCACGCCCCGAGGGUCAAAACCACAUCGGAUAUCGAAAAGCAGUCAGUGAGAGCGGAAGUGAAGCCAGCGGGUCUCACGAUUCCCAAGAAGAGGUUAUCGAGCCGAGGGCGAUCAACGUUGUUGCGCGGGUAUCCGCACAUGCUCUGCGGGAAGAACGGGCAUACCACAUCUGCAAAAAUUUGAUCAAGAAAGUCGAUCCGGAGGGAAACCAUAUCAUCAGGCCGAUAGAUCUCACGCGCUUACCAAGUCAGCAAGGGGAUAAGGGCCCAAUUGUCGUCUGCAUUUUCGCCCAUCCGGGCCCCAACUACCUCCCGAGGGUUAUCGACUACGGACCAGCUUGGUAUAAAGGCAGGAAGGCGGGGGACAAGAAUGAUGAAUUCGAGGCUUUCCGGGAGGAGUUCGUCCCCAAAGAACAGGUUCCUCUACAGACUUUUCUUGACUUCGCCAUCGGUGCCUCCGAAUGCCUCGAAAUCCUCCAUCAUGGCCAAAGGAUCGUGCAUGGCGAGAUCAGAGGGGAUGCUUUCCACAUGAAUGCAGAGACUGGUGGCGUUAGAUUGAUCAACUUUGGCUCUGGAUUACGAACUUUCGAACAUGGCCUGACUUCCACUGGAUGGUCUACACUUUCUAAAGAAAUCGGUGCCAAGACCAAGCUCUCAUACAUGAGCCCAGAACAAACAGGUCGUAUGCCUGCGGAGCCUGAUAGUCGGACAGAUAUCUACUCUCUGGGGAUUCUCUUCUGGGUCAUGCUAACCCAGCAGCCUGCUUUCGAUGGCGAAACACCAAUGGAUAUUAUUCAGGCAGUGUUGGGCAAACGGCUGCCGUCAGUGUCGAGCAUGAGAAUGGACAUUCCUGAUGUCAUAGGAAGAAUUAUUCAGAAAAUGACAGCGAAGAUCAUUGGUGAUCGAUACCAUUCUGCGAGUGGGCUCCGGUAUGACCUGACAGAGGUUAGGAGGCUUCUGGGCGUUGGAGAUUCAGCAACUCUGAAGCAUUGGCAGAUUGCCACCAAGGAUGUUUCCUCAUUUUUUAUCCUACCAAAUGUGAUGAUGGGCAGGUCCAAGGAGCACGACGAGGUUGUCAAAAUCAUCGACAAGGUCGCGAAACGGCAUAUCAUCGGCCAGAAGCAAGAUAUAGGGAGCAUUUCUUCUGGAUCGAGCAUAUCUCUGGAACUUUUGGAGCAGGCGAUUGGAGGAGAUAAUUCAAGCGAAGGAGAUAACACCAGUUCCGCUGACGGGCGAUCAAAUUCUAUGAGUGGAGGCUUGUCUGUAGAGCCCAAGAAUUCUUACAAAAGUGGCUCAAGUCAAAUGCGUUCAGGACCGAAUUCACAACACAAUUCUAUGGAUAGCCAAGAUGGGCUUUCUCGCCACAACAGUGUGUUGAAACCUUGGGAGAAGAACAAUUCGCUAUCCCUAGAUUCGAAAAGUGUAACAGACAGCCUGAAUUCCGGCAUAAAUUCAGACACAGCACAGAAGUCGCCAAGCUCUGAAGGGGUGGGAAGCCUGACAAGCCAUCGAAAUAGUCAGAAGUUUAAAAGGAAAGGUCGAUGCGAGGUGGUCAGUAUCUCAGGUACUGCAGGCUUAGGGAAGAGUUGCCUUGUUCAAUCGGUUCAAGUUGAAGCCCGCCGCAGAGGAUAUUUCGCAUCCUCCAAAUUUGAUCAGGCAAAGAAGACUCCAUUUGGUCCGGUCCUCAAACUCCUCUCGAGUCUCUUUAAGCAAGUUUUCUCCGAAAGUAACACCAACACAGCAUUCCACCACAUGCUCAAGCAAUUUGUUCGGCCCGCUUGGCCACUUCUCCACAGAGUUUUAGGCCUUCCAGAAUUUUUACUAGGUGCAAUGAGCACUUCUCAAAAGCUGGGUCACUCCAGCUCGUUAUCUCAGGUCUACAACAAAAGCCUGCGGGCAGAAACCAAGAAACGAGACUCAUCCCCUUCGAGCUCACAUAACAGCCUGUACAGUCUAUCUCUCGGUGCUCAAAGUUCUCAAGAUUUCCUCCGUGCUGGAACUGCCACAAAAUCGAUGCGAUUGAUGAACACCUUCUUGGACGUUCUGCGUGUCUUCACACAGCAUAAAUUCAUCUGCUUUUGCUUGGACGAUUUGCAAUUUGCGGAUGACGAGUCAUUAGAUUUGAUCACCCAGAUCGUGGCUGCUAGAAUGAAGAUGAUUAUAAUAGUGACUUACAGGCCGGAUGAGGUGCUUCCAGAGCGGAUAAGAGGCAUCAUUGACCCGCCCCAGACAGAGGGUAUCAAGUAUAUCAAAUCCGCAGGCGUGGGUAUCACUCGCGUCACACUAAAACCUCUGACAGAAGAGGACAUGAUCGAUUACGUCGCGGCAACCCUCUCGCGGCCAAAGCCGGAGGUAAUCCCCCUGGCCGCUGUCAUCCAUUCAAAAAGUGCUGGCAACCCAUUCUAUAUGAGAGAGAUGUUAGAUACUUGCCAUCGAAAGCAGUGCAUAUAUUACGAUUACAGAGAGAGCCGCUGGUGUUAUGACCUCGACAAGGUCUUCAAACGCUUCGAAACAUCCAGCUAUACGGAUAUACUGAACCAUGAGUUCGUCACGAGCCGCUUGAACGAACUGCCAGCUCCUUCACGAUCAAUUCUUGCUUGGGCUUCUCUAAUUGGCUCGAGUUUCAGUUUCGAGUUGGUGCAGAGACUUCUAAGUGGAGAAUUCGAUUACGACGAUUCUACUCCUCAUAAGGAGCUCAGCCAGCCGUACUCGCUGUCCCAUUCACAACAAGAUAUCGUAGAGGGUCUUCAAGCUGCCAUCCAAGCAUACGUUAUUGUGGCCACGGAAGACGACGAUCGAUUUAGAUUCGCCCAUGAUCGGUACAUGCAAGCCGCUUCCUCUCUUCGCGAGUGCAAUGGACCGAAGAUGCAUUUCAUCAUCGCCCAAACACUCAUGAAAUAUUAUAUUUCCGAAGAACGGAGUCGAUCAACCACUGCAGUGCAUAUCUCCGAAUGUGUAGAGAUCAUCAGAGAGCGUGUUAAGCAUAGGCAGUCAUUUAGGAAAUUGCUUUUCGAUUGCGCGACGUCCGCCACGGAGAGUGGAGCGAGGUCGACGGCUGCAAGAUAUUACACAAGUUGUUUCGCGCUGCUGCAAGACAAUCCCUGGAAAGAUGGCGAAAUUGACGUGUAUUACGACGAGACUCUACAGUUCUAUACCAGAGCGGCCGAGUGCUACCUGUACAUGGGAUCAUAUUCGGAAGCUAAGCGACUUCUAUCAUCCGUCUUCUCCAAUGCCAGAACAGCUGUCGAAAAGGCUCCUGCUUGGGUCUUGCAGUCCAGAAUCUACGCACAAGAGGGCGAUUCUCAAUCUGCAUUCAAAGCCUUAAAGCAGUGUCUGGCAGGACUGGGUGUGGAUGUGGAGGACGAGCCUAGCUUUGAGAAAUGUGACGCUGAGUUCGAACGCCUGAUCAUCAAAAUUCAGUCCAUCGACCGGAAUGAUCUCAUCAAAAGAACCAUGGCAAAAGACUCUAAUCUUGCAGCAGUGGGAGCAGUUUUAGUUGAGACUAUAAGCGCGGCAUUCUGGACGGACAGGCUGACCUUCUAUCAAAUGUCAUUGGUCAUGGUCAAUACCCAGCUUACUUGCGGCAACUUCCCUCAGUCCGGAAUGGCGUACCUCCACCUCGCAUUGAUCGCCAUUACCAGAUUUACCAUGAUCAAAUUCGCUACUGAAAUGGGGAAUCUGUCACUGGCAAUCAUGGCGAGGUGGAGGGAUCCGUAUACAAUGGGCCGUGGCAGCACGACAUAUUCCCUCUUCAUUGGACAUCUUUCGAACAACCUGCAAGAGUCGGUAGCACAAUUGGAAGGAGCCGUCGAAUAUGCCAUUCAGACUGGGAACAGAAUCACAACAAUAUUGACCUUUGGCUUGUUAGGGAAUCUCAAAUUCUUUGCCAGCGAAAACCUCAAUGAACUGGAAUCUUUUCUUCAUUUUGGAAUCGAGGAAAUUCAAGAUUGGCAGCUUGAUACGCGUGGUGGGACCAUGGGCAUCGCUGUCCGCCAAGUGUGUCGUGCGCUACAAGGCAAGACCUUUACAAGAGAUCCUUUGGGGAUCAUGAGUGACGAUUCACACAAUUCUGAGGUGUACAAAGCUUGGCUGAGGAGCUCCUUAAGGAACAGCGAUCGACCGCUCUUGUUUUAUGAGGGGAUUGAGAUUGCUCCCUUAUUCUUAUACGGCCAUUACCAGAGAGCUAUCGAGAUCGGAUCGACUUGUCUUGAGAACAUCGAUAACAUUUGGUCGGCUCGCAAUACCCGAUUUACCAUGUUCAUGCACGGCUUGUCUCUGGCUGGCUUGAUGUGGGAUAAACUCCAAAAUCCACUGAGACGAGCCCAACCCGAAAAUGACAACCGCCAUUCGAAUGUCAGAUUUGGCCCAUCGGAAAACGAGCUUCUCAACGACGUUGCACAAGUUACAUCUCAGAUGAAAGAACUGCGGAAAAAGAUCGUUGACUGGCAAGCUGUUAGCGAUAUCAAUUAUCUUUGUUGGUCGGAGUUGCUCGCUGCCCAGAUCUCUGAGAUGGAGGCUGAUCAUGGUGGGGCGAUGGCUUCCUACGAGAAGAGUUUGGAUCAUGCUGCGGCUCAUGAUUUCGUGUUCGAAGAGGCGCUCGGAAAUUAUCUCCUGGCUGGAUUCUUCUUGCGGACCGGCUCGAGGCGAGCAGCUAAGGGGUCACUGCGAGAAGCUCUAUCCCUUUACCGAAAUCUCGGUGCUACCGGUGUUGCUGAAUAUAUCGAACAGGAACACAGUCUUCUAUUGCAAGGACCGACAAAAAACGAGCGAACAGCCGAUGCUUUUGCUCAAACAGACUUUGCAGGCGAUUCGGCUCCCGUGCAAUACACCACGCUAGAAGGUAACGAGGACGAAGAACGCCCACAGACUCGAGCUACUAUAACGGAAACGCGUGGCGAUCGCAUUGGACAAUGGCAAGGGGCUUCAGCUCGACCUGAUGUUGGCUCGGGCUUACCCGCUCUCGAUAUGCUGGAUUUGACGUCAAUCUUAGAGAGCUCGCAGGUCAUCUCGAGCGUAUUGCAAGUGGACCAACUCCUCAAGACGAUGUGCGAGAUUAUUCUUCAGAAUUGUGGUGGCCUGGCAACUUCAGCCGCUAUCGUCGUCGAAGAAGAUGAUCCAGUCAGUUGGAGCAUUGCAGCGAGCGGCGAUUCUGAGAAAGGAGCGGUGGCACAUAUCCCAGGAAUUCCUCUGAAUGAGACAGCUCUCGUGGCUGAAGGUGUUAUCCUUUACUGCACUCGCUUCAGAGAGACGGUAUUUCUUCCCGACUUGAUCCACGAUGAGCGAUUUAGCAAUGUUAGUGAGGCUUGGGCAGCUCGAAAUCCCGUCGGAAAGUCUGUUAUUGCGAUCCCGAUUUGCCACGGUGUGAAGCCGCUUCUGGGGGUUCUAUAUCUGGAAGGAGAACCGAACGCCUUCACUGAUCGAAACCUCACCGUCUUGCAAUUGCUUGUUAAUCAGAUCGGUAUCAGUUACUCGAAUGCCUUGACGCUAAAGGAAGUCGAAAAGGUUUCCGCUUUCAACAACUCAAUGGUGGAUGUUCAAAAGAAGGCGCUUGCAAAGGCUCUGAACGCCGAGAAACAAGCCAAUCUGGCAAAGGCUGAAGCACUACGGAAUGUCAAGCUCGCCGAGGAAGCUGCCAAAGCAAAGUCGAUUUUCUUAGCUAAUGUUUCACAUGAGCUCAGAACACCACUUAAUGGAGUAAUCGGAAAUUCUGAGCUGUUGAGGGACAGUGAGCUAACAAAAGAUCAAGCUGAGAUGGCUGACUCGAUUCGUGUCUCUGCCGACCUGCUUCUCACCGUCAUUAAUGACAUUCUGGACUUCUCCAAAAUGGAAGCCGACAAGAUGGAAUUGUUCAUUGUCGCAUUCAAAGCGGAUGAGAUGAUGCGGGAGGUUGUCCGAUCUGUUUCGUACAGCAACAGGGACAAGAAGAAUGUCAGGAACGUCGAGAUCUUACAAGACAUCAAUCUUCCUCAAUCCCUCAUCUUUGGCGAUCCAGUGCGGUUGCAUCAAGUCUUGGGCAAUCUAGUCUCGAACAGUCUUAAAUUCACAGAGAACGGAUCCAUCACCAUUGGUGCUAGGACCGACUGGGAGACAAGUGAACAAGUCAAACUGACGUUUUGGGUCAAGGAUACUGGCAUUGGUAUUCCGCCUCAGCAAUUGGUGAAAUUAUUCAAGCCGUUCAGCCAGGCAGAUGCCAGCACAGCACGAAAAUAUGGUGGAAGUGGUCUCGGCCUCAGCAUCUGCAAAUCACUUAUCGAGUCGAUGAUGGGUGGCAAAAUUCAACUCGAAAGUGUUGAAGGAGAGGGCACAACCGCUUGGUUCACCGUCACCUUUCCCAAAGCCAAAGAAGCAAUUGCGGGAGAUAUUCAGAAUGGCGUCGACCAACAAGAUUCAAUCGUGAAGCAUGCCAGGACUGAGCGUGCGCGGUCGAAUACUCCAUAUUCUGACUUCUCUCAUAUCCCCAGGGACCAGUUGCGUAUUUGCAUAGCAGAAGAUAAUCCUGUGAACCAGAAGAUCGCUGUACAAUUUAUGAAGAAGCUUGGGUUCAAAUAUGUGGAUGCUUAUGAGAACGGCCAGCAAGCCGUCGAGGGUCUGCGGGAGAAGGCUAAAGCUGGUCAACCGUAUCACAUCGUACUCAUGGAUGUUCAAAUGCCUAUCCUGGAUGGAUACGAAGCCACCAAACUGCUUCGAAGAGAUCCGAUAGACGCUGUUCGAGGAACACUAGUCAUUGCUAUGACUGCAUCUGCUAUUCAAGGAGAUCGAGAAAAAUGCUUGGAGUCAGGGAUGAACGAUUACCUUGCGAAGCCAGUUCGCUCGAAUGUGCUGAAGAAGAAAUUAGAUCAGUAUAUUCAACAGCCAUUCCCGACCCCGAAUCUUCAAGCAGAAGCGAAAUGUGUAGCAGACAAGGUCCUGCAGGAAAUGAACGGCUCUACCAGUCCGUCCGUCCGGAGCGGCUCGUCCGGAACGGCAACGCCCACAACUCCGAGAGAGAGCGUUAGCAGUGCUACGAGCCCUUCUCCUCUUUCCCAGCCGGCACAGACAACAGAUCAUAAACAAGACUAUGGAUUCAGUACGGAUGCCAAUUUCAAGACUAAUAUCGGCAGGAUGCCACGGCAUGACGAAGAACAGUCUCCGAAAAGUGUCACUGCGAAUUUUUGGACAAAGCAGACGAGGUCGGAAAAUGAGCCUUUGUCAAUGACGGAGGCUGAAGAGAGCGCAAAGGAUGUGCUUAAGGGCUUAGGGGGUGACGUACAUAAAUAAUAGCCUUCGACGGUGCCGAAGCACAAAAACACAUGAAUUUAUCGCAGCGAGCGUUCGGAUAUUUGCAUAUGAUAAUACGAGAGUUGGAGUUUAGAUGAGAUGCAUAGUUGAUGCGAAAGAGACGGACCGGUCUCUCUGGAGAACAUGUGUAUACAAGGACGGAAGGAUGGACGAACAUACACGAAACCGUUUCCUUCAUCAGCGUGGGCGUUGGUGUGUUGAUAUUUUCCUUGUGCAUAUUGAUGCAUUCAUUGACUGUUCUUCAUAUAUUGGGGCGUGCUUUACGUUGGCUGGAAGUGUUGAUACCAGGUGAUGUGGAUAUAGAGAGGACGUGAGAUGAAUGAAUUGUAUGAGCUACAGCACGUACGCUUUACGUGAAGUUCUAAAGCCAAGGUAAAGAACAGAUGUAUAACCUUGAUAUCUCCCCUUAUUACCGGAUUGGAAGGUGGUUCCAAGAAGAGGGAUUUACC